CUCACCGCAAUCAAAAGUCUGGCCGCUCAGAGCAGCCCACAACCGCCGAUCACGCGUCCGACGUUACCCGCUACGUUUCAAAAGCACUCCGCACUUAACCCGCCGCAGCCAGCCGAGGCCAGCGUAGCCAUGGGCGCCACUGAGGAGGAGAAGGACAGCAGGGUGUCCAUGGAGAAGUUCGGCUGCAAGUUCAGCGAGCUCAAGGACCCGCAGGACCGCAUGAGCGUGGGCGGAACCAUAGGCGGCCGAACCACCGGUCCGCAGCAGGCGGAGCACAUGUACAACCGCUCCGACGACCCGGAUGAGCAUGGCACCCACGGGGCCAGCGAGGAGGAGAAGGACAAGGUGUCGAUGGAGAAGUUCGGCUGCAAGUUCAGCGAGCUCAAGGACCCGCAGGACCGCAUGAGCGUGGGCGGAACCAUCGGCGGCCGCAUGCGCGCGGCGGCGCUGCGCACCAAGGGCGAGGGCGAGGAGGAGGGGCAGGAGCAGGGGCAGGAGGCUGAGGGCGAGGGUGUGAAGGACGUAGAGUAGAGCCGGUGGAACGUUGCACAGCAGUUGAUGGUUUGCGUUGAAUUGCAUCUAGCUAGCCAGACACAUCUUCGCCAGUGCUGGGGGUAUUAGUAGUUCCCGGCGGGACACACCGGUAACGCUUAAGGGGCCCAAGGUAACAUGCAUGGGGGUAGGGCACGGGGUAAGGGCGGCGGUUUCACCCGAUCCCCGUUGGCAUAGCCCACGCGGUGCCGAGUUGCAGCCAUCCACAGCUGGCGCGCAAUCACUCAUGUGCUUGUAAAAUUCACGAGGC